AUGUUACUAUUAUUUAGUGAGCAGAGCAUAUUUAUUGUAUUAGAAAGCAAUGUGUUUAAGGAAGUUGAUGAAGGUAAAGUUUUAGUAGAAAACAAAAAGACUGUGUUGGAAAAAAAUGGCAUAGUUGUGUUGGAUAAUAGUGAAAAAGAUGAGAAGAUACAAGCAAUAUCUGCAGCAGAUGAAGCAUCUACAGCAUAUAAAGAGAUCAAAGUUUAUAUAUCGCAAUCUACAACUCCUAAUCAAAGGUAA